AUGUCGCCCAGCAACUUCCGUCGGCGAGACUGUUCCGAUUUGAUUCUUAUUGACUGCCCCGUCCCUAGAGGUCUUGAUCACCUACCACGUCGAUACUUCGAAUAUUGCGACCAGAUUGGGUUGCUCGGCAAUGUCAACGGGGUGAAGAAGGAAGUGCCCAAAUGGCUCAUUCCACACAUUGAAGCCUGUAUCAACAGCCUUCAUAACUACCAUGCCACCCCAUUCGUACCUAGUAUUGAUGGUCCGAAAACGCAAAUCAUCUGGGCCUGUGACGCCAUCGACAAAACAUCUUGA